CUCUCUCACUCUCUCUCUCACUCUCUCUCAAACACACACAACACACACACACACCCCAUUGUAAUCCGUGUAAAUCUAGGGUUCUCUUUUUAAGUUCACACGACCGUCCACAUCUUCCCAUUUGAUUCCCUAGAUCGCAAUCAAUUUUAGAUUUCCAACUCAGAUCUACGCACAUCACGAUUCAAAUACAACUUUAGGGAAUUGUGGCAGCAUCUCUAGGAAUUGAGCCUUCAAGAGACAAGAUAAGAGCUUAUUUUUGGUGGUGAAUUUUGGCAUGACAUAGUUCUGGUGGGAUAUCAUCAACUGUUGCACAGAUAACGUAAAAUAUGAGGGGAAGAUCAGAUGGAUUGCAGAAGAACCGCUUGCUCACUUUUGUAGGUGUUGUGGCAGUUUUUCUUGUUUUUCUAUAUGUGUAUUUUGGCUCUAAGAACAGCGGAGAGUCGGCUAUAGAGUAUGGCAGCCGUUCUUUGAGGAAACUUGGAUCAUCUUAUUUGGGUGGGGAUGAAGAGACUGAUAUUGGCAACAAGCAAGAUGAAUCUUCAAUCAAGUUUGGGCUGGAAGACGGAGAUUAUGGUAUAACACCAAAGAGCUUCCCUGUUUGUGAUGAUCGACACUCAGAGUUAAUUCCCUGCCUAGACAGGCAUCUUAUAUACCAAAUGAGACUGAAGCUGGAUCUGUCUUUGAUGGAGCACUAUGAAAGGCACUGCCCUAUCCCUGAAAGACGGUAUAAUUGCUUGAUUCCACCCCCAUCAGGGUAUAAGGUCCCCAUCAAGUGGCCAAAGAGUAGGGAUGAAGUGUGGAAAGCAAACAUACCUCAUACUCACCUUGCACACGAGAAGUCUGACCAGAAUUGGAUGGUUGAAAGAGGUGAAAAGAUAAUAUUUCCAGGGGGAGGCACUCAUUUCCAUUAUGGAGCUGAUAAGUACAUUGCAUCACUUGCUAAUAUGCUCAACUUCACAAAUAGUAAUUUGAAUAAUGAGGGAAGAUUGCGAACAGUUCUUGAUGUUGGUUGCGGGGUUGCAAGUUUUGGAGCUUAUCUUCUUUCAUCCAAUAUAAUUGCAAUGUCCUUAGCGCCUAAUGAUGUCCACCAGAAUCAGAUCCAAUUUGCCCUAGAGAGAGGAAUUCCAGCAUAUCUUGGGGUUCUGGGGACAAAGAGGCUUCCUUACCCAAGCAGGUCUUUUGAACUUGCUCACUGUUCUCGUUGUCGGAUAGAUUGGCUUCAGAGGGAUGGGAUCCUUCUACUUGAGUUAGACAGGUUGCUUAGACCAGGAGGCUAUUUUGCAUACUCAUCUCCUGAAGCAUAUGCACAGGAUGAAGAAGAUCUUAGAAUAUGGAGAGCAAUGAGUGCACUUGUGGAGCGCAUGUGUUGGAAAAUUGCUGCAAAAAUGAACCAAACUGUUAUUUGGGUCAAACCUCUAACAAACGAUUGUUACAUGGAAAGGGAGCCUGGUACUCAACCUCCUCUCUGCCGGUCUGAUGAUAAUCCAGAUGCAGUGUGGGGUGUGCCAAUGGAAGCUUGCAUCACUCGUUACUCUGAUCAUGACCACAGAACAAGAGGAAGUGGACUGGCGCCUUGGCCGACUCGAUCAACUGCUCCUCCUCCCCGUCUUGCUGAUUUUGGCUAUUCAAACGAAAUGUUUGAAAAGGACACGGAACUUUGGCGGAGGAGGGUUGAGAAUUACUGGAAUCUCCUGAGUCCAAAAAUUCAACUAGAUACUCUGAGGAAUUUGAUGGACAUGAAGGCGAAUUUGGGGUCAUUUGGAGCUGCACUGAGGGAAAAGGACGUUUGGGUGAUGAAUGUUGUCCCUGAAGAUGGACCCAACACUCUCAAGUUGAUUUACGAUAGAGGCCUGAUUGGCACUGUUCACAAUUGGUGUGAAGCCUAUUCAACAUACCCCAGGACAUAUGAUCUACUCCAUGCCUGGACCGUAUUUUCUGAUAUUGAGAAGAAAGGCUGCAGUGCAGAGGAUCUACUGAUAGAGAUGGAUCGCAUGCUCAGGCCUACUGGUUUUGUCAUCAUUCGGGACAAACAACCUGUUAUCGAGUUUGUGAAGAAGUAUUUACCUGCGUUGCACUGGGAAGCAGUGGCAACAGCAGAUUCAACUUCAGAUACGGACCAGGAUGGGGAUGAGCUUGUGUUUGUCAUCCAGAAGAAGUUGUGGCUAACAAGUGAAAGCUUCAGGGAUUCAGAAUAGGAGAAGCAGAGCCUCCUUGUCCCCUGACCCACACGCCCCUAUUUAUGUUGUCUCGUGCUCUUAGCGUUUAAGAAUCAUAUCCUAAGAGCAAUGGAGAAUCAGUUUCAUUUUGUAGUAUUAAGUGAUAUUUUGUUGGUUCUCCUCACCUUUACUAUUUUGUUUUAGUUGAUAAAUCAUAGACCACUUGCAGCUAUAGGCUAUUCUUCAUUGUUUUGUAUUCCAAAAACUUACAUCUUGUGUUAAAGAAUUCUCUUUACCAUUCAUUAAUAAUCUAAAGUUGGGAG